AUGGAUACGGAUUUAUAGGAUAAAUGUUAGAGUCAAAUGGAAAUCGAAUAAUUCUCCAAUAGGAUUGAAACCCAUAAAUUUGUUGUAGGUAUCUCUAAACCUGGUGAGAUGAGAAUCGGACUACAAACAAUAAACAAAAGUAAAAUUACUGUCAAAGGAAUACUAGGAAUACAAGAAAAAUAAUGA